GACACUAAGCUUGGAGCAGAGAAAGAGAGAGAGAGAGAGAGAAUGGAUCGUCGGUUUUGGACAUUAAUGUUACUGGGAGUCUUCUUAUUUCCAGCAUUGGUUGAGUCCUUGGUUCGUCAUUACAAUUUCAAUGUGGUCCUGAAGAACACAACAAAGCUUUGUGCAACAAAAGCCAUUGCCACUGUCAAUGGGAAAUUUCCGGGGCCAACUCUCUAUGCAAGGGAAGAUGAUACCGUGAUCGUAAGGGUUACCAACCACAUUACACAUAAUGUGACAAUCCACUGGCAUGGGGUGAGACAACUUCGGACCGGAUGGUCGGAUGGACCAGCAUAUAUCACACAAUGCCCUAUACAACCUGGGCAGAAUUUCAUGUACUCCUUCAACCUCACUGGCCAAAGAGGCACGCUUCUUUGGCAUGCACAUAUCUCCUGGUUGAGGGCCACUUUACAUGGCGCUAUUGUUAUAUUGCCCAAGCGAGGCAUUCCUUACCCAUUUCCAAAACCUCAUAAAGAAAAAAUCAUCAUUUUAGCCGAAUGGUGGAAAGCAGACGUUGAAGCUGUUGUCAAUCAAGCUACCCAAUCUGGUUUGCCGCCUAAUAUAUCGGAUACGCAUACCAUAAAUGGUCAUCCAGGACCUGUUCCUGGUUGCUCUUCUCAGGGGGGUUAUACUUUACAUGUUGAGAGUGGCAAGACCUAUUUACUACGCAUCAUCAAUGCAGCGGUGAACGAUGAGCUUUUCUUCAAAAUUGCAGGGCACGGUCUAACAAUUGUUGAAGUGGAUGCCUCCUACACCAAGCCCUUCCAAACUGACACUAUAUUCAUCAGCCCUGGCCAAACUACAAACGCCCUCCUAACUGCAAAUCAGGCCAUUGGCAAGUACUUGCUAGCAGUCACGCCUUUCAUGGAUGCUCCGGUUGGCUUUGACAACUUGACUAACUAUGCCACAUUGCGCUACAAAGGCACCCCUGCAAAUCCCCCAACCAUCUUAACCACCGUUCCUCCUCAAAAUGCAACUCCAUUAACCCAUGCUUUCAUGGACUCACUUCGAAGCCUUAACUCCAAACAAUACCCAACAAAAGUCCCAUUAACCCUAGACCAUUCUCUGUUUUUCUUCUUAGGCGUUGGGGUUAAUCCAUGUGCUACUUGUGUUAAUGGGAGCCGGCUUGUGGCAGAUAUUAAUAAUGUUAGCUUUGUGAUGCCAACUGUAGCUCUCCUUGAAGCACAUUACUCCAACAUACAAGGAGUUUUUACAGAUGAUUUUCCUGGAAACCCACCUAUUCCUUUUAAUUAUACUGGUAACUCACCAUCUAAUAUCCAGACCAUGAAUGGCACCAGGCUGUAUAGACUGGCUUAUAAUUCUACAGUCCAGAUUGUGUUACAAGGCACAGCUGUAAUAGCACCAGAGAACCAUCCAACCCAUCUGCAUGGGUUUAAUUUCUUUGUGGUUGGGAAGGGGUUAGGGAACUUCGAUCCCUACAAGGAUCCGCUGAAAUUUAACCUCGUUGAUCCUGUCGAGAGGAACACAAUUGCAGUACCUACCGCUGGAUGGACUGCAAUCAGAUUCAGGGCGGAUAACCCAGGUGUUUGGUUCUUACAUUGCCAUUUGGAAGUACACACGACGUGGGGACUUAAGAUGGCAUUCCUGGUAGACAAUGGUAAAGGCCCGAACGAGUCUCUGCCUCCGCCUCCUAGCGACCUUCCCAAGUGCUAGAAUUUAGUAGUUGAUUCGUUUCUUUUCCUUUUUUUGUUCCUUGAGGAGGUGUGAAUAAGAAAAGUGGGCAACUUAAGUUAGUGACUUUGUACAUUUUUUU